AUGACCACUGGGCUGCCUGAGGUUAUUGUGGGAGCAAUCAAAACUCGAUUUGCCACCACAAUUGAUUCCAAGGAUGCACUUCUGGCUGCUGUCUCCCUGCCAAAGUUCAAGCUGCGCUGGGUAAAAGAAGAAGCCAGAAGAGACCACAUCAAGUUCCUCCUCACAACGGAGUGCCGCUCCCUAACAACAGAAGAGCCUACAGCCCUGAUGCCCGAUGCCCCUCAACCUGCUGCUACCAGCGAGGAUGACUUUUUUUUCUUUGAUGUACAGCCCAAUGCCACGGCUGAUGUGCCCAUGUCAGUGGAAACAGAGAUGUCACAGUGGUUGAAGCAGCCCUCCGCCUCCUCCCUCCUUCAAAACCUCAGACUCUGCAGAAAACCACACAGCAGCUCCAGCCCAGCUGUCAAUCAUCAGUCAGCAGCAGCAGGGGCUGAUGGGAGUUCUGAGGACCUGUUAGAAACCGCCCGGCUCAGUCUGACCCCGCAGCUCGUCCUGGUUUGUCCUCACUUCUCGUCAGGUUCACCAGAGGAAAACAACAAAAUGUUUCUCCUCCCUGCUGUGGCUCUGUGCUGUGUGAGCUCAGCGCUGGCUGCCAUGACAACAGAGCUCAAACAGGACAGUUUGUCACUGACCAGGAGAGUUGGAGAAAACGUCUCCUUCAGAUGUGAACGUUUAGACCAGUGUGAUUAUAAUGAUUAUGUGUUCUGGUUCCAGAAAAAAGACAACGAAACAUUCACAAUGAUUCUGUUGAUUGAUAAGAGUGAUGGUGAAGUGAACAAAGAUUCUUACAAUCAUCCUCAGAAAGAUGAUUUCUCAGCUGUGAUCAAACAGAACGGCGUUGAGCUGCAGAUCCAGAAGGUUAAUUCCUCUCAUUCAGCCACAUACUACUGCUCCUGUUGGAAAAGGGUUUUACCCCCCACAGUGAGAAAUGAUCCGAGCAGGCUGAACAAAAACCAACAGAUGAGCAGAAGUCAGAUAAUGUUUGUGACAGGAAGACAGCAGUAAACCACAGCUCACUGAGUCAUUCACCUCCAUCACACACAGGAUGAACUGAGGGAUUAUUUUACUGGUGUCUGGAUUUAUUCUUUAUUUGAUUUCUUUGUUUUUCUCAAUCAGAUAUUUCAGUAAGGUCAUUGUUAGUCCACACUGUGAGGACAAAGAGAGAAGAGCAGAAACACAUUGACAAAAUAAAUAAAUACAAGAAAA